CCUUCCAAACCCGCAAUCCAAUCUCACCCUUUUAAUGUCGAGGCAACAACCUAAGAAAUGUUGCCAAGAACAGCAGCUUGAAGAACAAACUCAAUUCCUAAACCAUCACUUCUUGCAAUGUGCGGAACUUGUGCUCCCAUGGCUAACCCCACAAGAACUAGCCGCCAUCUCCUCUACCUGCAAAACCUUUCGCCAGUAUUCCAAAUCUGUCACUCUACGUCGCUCCCUCGACGCUUCCAGAUCCUUCGAGACCUUUCCCGUCCCAUUUUACAAUUUAGUUGAUCAACACCCAUAUGCUUACUUCAUCUACACCCCCUCCCAAUUCAUCCCUUCUUCCUCCUCUUCUCCCCAACGCCAGUCAUGGGGCUCGAAACUCGACCCCAGUCUCAGUAACGACCCAGUGGCUGAAAUGGGUCCGGAAGGGAAUAAGGUGAGUCUGGUGGACGAGAAAGGGGAGAAUGAAUACGGAUGCGAUUGUGAGAGAUGUGAGAAAGUGAGCGACGAGAACGUGUUUGGUUGUCCCUGUAUGGACUCUGAAGGGUUGGAGAUAGUGAAUGAGUGUGGACCGAGUUGUGGGUGCGGGUUGGAGUGUGUAAAUCGUUUGACCCAGAGAGGGAUUCUAGUUAAGCUGAAGGUUCUGAGAGAUUUGAGAAAAGGUUGGGGGUUGUAUGCAGCUCAGUCGAUUCAGGAAGGCCAGUUUGUUUGUGAGUAUGCAGGUGAACUCUUAACAACCAAAGAGGCUAGAAAGAGGCAGCAAAUAUAUGAUCAACUUGCUUCAGCUGGACAAUUUUCUUCUGCCCUUCUAGUUGUGAGAGAGCAUCUUCCAUCUGGGAAGGCAUGCUUAAGAGUGAAUAUAGAUGCCACAAGAGUUGGAAAUGUUGCCCGUUUCAUUAAUCACUCUUGUGAUGGUGGUAAUCUGUCUACAGUACUCGUGAGGAGCUCAGGGGCACUGGUGCCUCGUCUCUGUUUCUUUGCUUCAAAAGACAUAAGAGAAGAUGAAGAGCUCACCUUCAGCUAUGGUGAAACCAGGGUCAGAUCUAAUGGCUUGAAAUGUUUCUGUGGUAGCUCCUGUUGUUUUGGAACUUUGCCUUCAGAACAUACUUAAAUGUGUUGGCAGCAAUGUACAGAAUCUAGUCCUCGGCUUAAAGCAUCUGCUUUGAACUUGAAUGGUAACUUUCAUAACAAUAAAACCAAGAAUGGUGAUAAUUGAGUUUGUCCAAAUGAUUUCUAGCUUGCUUUGCACAUGUAUGAUCAAAUGGUGGCAAUAACCACACUCAAAAGACAUGAGGGUUCUGGUUCCUCAAUCGCCCUCAAUUCUAUAUAUUACAAUAAAUGCAUUGUAGCCCACAAGUAUUGCUUCUGUUGUUGUCUAAAUUUCUCUGCAUAAUGUUUCUUUUGCAAAUUUUCUUCCAACAGGCAAACUCUCAACACCGAAAGAGGCUAGAAGGGUGCUGGAAAUCUAUGAUCACUAGCAUCAGCUGGUCAGUUUUCUUUUACUCUAUGUCAUGGGGAAGCAUCUUAACAUCUGGGAAGGCAUGCUUUUUAGUCAACCAUUGACUGCGUUUCAUUCAUCACCCUUGUAAUGCUGACAAUCCGUUGAAAGUACUUGUGAAAGACUCGACCGUUUUGGUUCCUCGUCUCUCUCUUUCUUCACCUCGAAAUGCGUAAAAGGUGAAGAGCUCACUUUCAACCAUGAUGAAACCGAGGUCAGAUCCAAGGGCCUGAGAUGUAACUGCAGCACCUUCUGUUUUCUGGAACUUUGCUUCUCCAAAACACACCUAAACGCAGAAGCAGCGGCAGAAGCAGAAGGGAACAUAUGUGUUCAUUAGCAUUCUGGUAAUGUGCAUUAAAUUUAACCGAGAACUAUACUUUUUGGGAUUUUUCGAAGGACACAUAAUAAUAAAAGUGUAAUAAAUACAUAUUUUUAUA